AUGACCCUAAUCACCCAUAUCCUCUCCGUCCUCUGGCCGCCUGCCAUCUUCUUCGUCCUCCUCAGCAUCCUCGUCCGCCCCCUCGAGUCCGUCUUCUACCACGCCGACCUCUGCGCCGCGUACCACCUCUUCGCCGCCGCCUCCGUCUACCUCACAGCCUGGCUCAACGCCAUCGUCAAAACCUCGCCCCCGCUCCGCCGCCGCCUCCGCGAGAUCCGCGACGACGCCGACCUCCUCCACCGCCUCGGCGCCCCCAACCGGGUCCUCGUCGAGGCCUACCUCGGCGGCUACUUCCUGCUGCCGAACCUCGUCGGCCCCAUCUGGAUCUGCUGGGUCGCCAACGCCGACAGCCGGCGCCUCGACGACCUCGCCCACCUGUACGGCUUCGCCAUCGGCCUCCUGCACGCGCCCCUGCUGGCGAGCCUGGCUGUGAAGCUCGUCGUGCCCUCGGUCUUCCAUGUCCUCUGCUGGUCCGUCGUCAGGGUCUCGCGCCUCGUGUGGCAGACGUCCGGGUACAUCCCUUCCGACCCUGCCGUCGCAGUGCAGAGGUGCCUCGCGGCGCUGCACGGCUGGCUCGAGAGCGUCCCCGGCCGGGUCGUGGAGAUGGUCGACCGGGACGUUCUGAGGACCGAGUGGGUCUUCAUGAAGCUGGUGACGGCCUUCGUCCUCGCCUCCUGCCUGGGCAUGCUAUACACAAUGACAAUCGAACUCUACAGGCCGUACCUGCAGCGUCUUGCCGUCCACGUCACCGCGCGGGUCAUCAUAUUCGUCGGGGACGCCAUCUUGAACGUUGGCUGGUGGGUCGAGGGCAUCGUGGUCAAGAGGGGGCUCUGGGAGGGCAUCGGCCUCUGGGAGACCAUGGAUAUCAUGCGCGAUAACACCCUGGUAACGUACUAA